UGUCUUGUGUCUGUGUGUGUAUAUGUGUGUGUGUGUGUGUUUGUGUGUGGUUAGACCUGCCUGCCUUGGAGUUCGCUUCAGACUUCUGACGCGGACUUGGAACGACACCUCCACACAAAACGACUGGCCGCAUCAGUCUGCACCAGGCUGCGUUCAGAACAACAGUUCACCUGUGUCCGAAGUUCCGAACACUCCUCGCACGGAACACGACCGUAACCUACCCAAGACAAGACCCGCUCUCUCUGUCUCUCUCUCGCUUCCUCUCUCUCUCUCGCUCGCUCGCUCUCCUUCUCUCUCAAGACUUGAGCGAUGGAUUCAUUUUUGACAAUCACGGCUGCCCUUCUACUAGUUGGUUCUUUAUCUUCGACCGCUUCGAGACAGUUCGACACUGAAUGUUACACAGCCAACGGAGAGGACUACAGGGGCUGGCAGAACCAGACGAGCCUCCUGGGGGGCAAGCCCUGCCUCUUCUGGAACGAAACCUUCCAGCACCCCUACAACACCCUCAAGUACCCCAAUGGAGAGGGGGGUCUUGGCAGCCACAACUACUGCAGGAACCCUGACGGUGAUGUCCAGCCAUGGUGUUACAUCGCUGACCAUGAAGACGGAAUCUACUGGAGAUACUGUGACAUACCCACCUGUCAGAUGCCUGGCAACCUAGGCUGUUUUAAGGACAGUGGCGACCCUCCCACCCUGACUGGGAGCAGUGAGACCUCUAACAAACUCACCAUCCAGAACUGCAUCAGCUUCUGCCGCAAACAGAGAUACACACUUGCUGGAAUGGAGUCGGGUUAUGCCUGUUUCUGUGGCAACGACCUGGACCUGCAUCGCCAUGGCGAGGCGCCCAGCAUGGAAUGCAACCAUGUGUGUUUCGGUGACCACACCCAGCCUUGUGGGGGAGAUGGAUGGGUCAUCAUCUUCGACACUCGAGUGGGGGCAUGUGGGGGUAACUACUCUGCCCCCUCUGGGGUGGUCUACUCCCCUGACUUCCCUGAUAAGUACGGGGCCGGGAGGGUCUGCUACUGGACUGUCCAGGUCCCUGGGGCCUCCGUGAUCCUGUUCAACUUCACCUUCUUUGACAUCUCGGACCAGACGGAUAUGGUGGAGCUACUGAAUGGCUACACCAACCAGGUGGUGGCGAGGUUUGACGGCCGCUCCCCUCCCCGGGAGCUGGUCAACGUCACUGGAGACUUCGUUGUCCUCUACUUCUACUCAGACCGAACCAACCAGGCACAGGGCUUUGCUGUCACGUAUCAAGCUCUGAGAAGCCUGGACACCAGACCUAUGGAUGAGGAAGAGGAGGAGGAGGAAGAGGACACCAGUACGGUGGAGCCUCAGCUUGGGGGAGUAACGGAGAAGACUAACGGUCGCUCCUCACAGAUCCUCUACGUGAUAACAUCCAGUCCUGGUAAAUCGGACCACAACAUGCCAGGUCAGUGGGUCGGACCCAACGGGACCAACGGACACACCUCUAAGUGGACCAUCUACACUCUGGCUGCUCUCCUGACUCUGACAGUCAUAGUCAUGGUAACCAAACUACUGCUGCAUAUCACAGUCAAAUCUCCCAACAUCCCGACCAUCAGUGGUUCAGAGAGCUGCAGCGGCCAGAGUGCUGGGUCUGAGCCCUGGAUCAUCCUUUACCAGCCCUCCACCAUCUCUCUCUUCAAGAAGAAGCUAAAGAACCACCACGGAGACCUCAGCCCUCUGGUGGGCAACUAGGGAACUGCAGCCUGGUAUACUACCGCCAUCAGUACUAAACCCUGUACCGGGGCCUACCCUACCAGAGCAAGCCACAGAGCUAGCCGCCCCAAACCAAUGAGACUCUAUGGGGCACUGAGCUACAAAGCUAACAUGCUAACUAAUGACUGAUUCACUGACUCACUGAGUGACUACUACCAAAUGGUCCAGACAGGGCUGUCUGUGUCUGCUGUGUACAAGGCAGGAGAGGAGAGUAGAUGUACAAACAGCUCAAGGUGGACAUUUUACUGCAGGGCACUCAUCUUCUUGGGGUUCUACUUCCAUUGUCCCUCCAUGGAUGUCUGAGAGAUCAUUGAAGUCCUCCUUUAGAGACAGUGGUUGGCUGGGGCCAAAGCAGAUUCCAGUUUCCACAGGACUCCUCCAGAAUGCAGGCCUUCCAUUGUAACUGUGUCCCAGUGGGGCACAAAAUGGCAGACUACUCAUCUCUCCUUGUUUUAAUAAUCUGCAAACAACAAAGGGAGCCAUGCAUAUUCCCUAUCAGUGACUGUAACUGGUGUCUCACAUAGAAAAAGGGGGUUGAAUCCUGAUCAUUAUCAAGGGACGAGGACACCAACCCCUUCAUAUUACAGUACAUGUAACUCUAACUCAGUACAAUUAAUACCACUAUGGACAAUCGGCAGUUAUUGAACCACAACAGCCAGACAGCCUGAAAGGGAACCCCCUCUCCUCUCAGAUAGCAUUGAGUUACCUGUGACCGUGUUGUGUUAUGUAGGCCAGCCAGCAGCUCUGUGUUUGAGAUAUAUAGAGAGAAGAGAGUCCCUCUCCUCCUGAGGUGAUACACCUGUUCUAUCUGGAGCCAGGAGAAUCGAUACCAUGAGUAAGUCACAAAGAAAGAAAGUGUGUGCGGUUGCUGCAUAUGCCCGGCAUGAAUAACCAAAUCAACAACAAAAAAAGAGAGAUAAAUGAAGAUAAAAAAAGAACACUUGCUCGCUCCCUCGCUCUCUCUCUCUCCCACACUGCCUCUGGAGGAAACCAUAUCAGAAGUCUCUCCCAUGAUGGAUGGAGGGGGGAGAGGGAAGAAGGAGGGAAACCGAGGGAGUAGAAAGGUAGAGGAUAGGGGAGGAGGGUGGGGUGUAAUUUAACAACUGCUGUUUAAAGGUCCCGAACAGUCAUUCUGAUUCCCAUGUAAAAUAGCCUUUUGAGUGACUAAAAUAUCACCCAUAAUAUUUGUGGGGAUAGAAAGGCUUGUGGAUGGCUAACUACGAGGAAGGCUGAGUGGGUGGGGAGCAUAUAUUCAUGAGCUCGCCUUGACUUGACAGCUCUUUGAAACGCCUAUGUCAAGAAACUUGAAUGCAAUGAACAGUGUUGCAGUAAAAUCAUCUCAAGCUAAUUUGAUGUUACACAAAGCAACUCAAACAACAUUGAAAUUGCAUCAAUGAUGUCAAAUGGUUUAUACCUCUCCCGUUUGGCAUGUAUCUUGUGAUGCGGUUCACAGCAGCACUGACGGAUGUGUUGACAUGACAACUGCGUCAGAGUUUUGAAAGACCCUCCCCCCUUUUAUUCCCUGCUAGCUGAAGACCUAGCUAGCCAGUAAUUAGCUAACACCAGACACAGAUGAAAGGGGAGACAUAUAAUUAUAUUUUCCAUAGAUGAAUAGGGUAAACUUUUAAUUAUAUUUGCUGAUACCCUACAGUCAAAUUAUGGCUCCAGUAGAGUAUCUAUCUAGCUAUAUAAACCAUUCCCCUCUGCAAACACACUUUCUCCGAUGUUGGUUACAAGGCGGUACUUAUUUAAAUUAGGUAAGAGAAUAUCAUGUUACCAUUGGUGUAUUAA